UGAAAAAAUUUUCCAAUUGUAAAUAUUUUAAAAAUUAUAUCCGUCAUGGAGUAAGAUCAUGAAUUGUCAAAAGAAUCGUACGUAAUCACGUGCAAUAAGGAGUAAUAAUAGUUAACUGGAGCAUUUCAGGCUCACGACAAUCCGAUCUUGAGCUUUAUAAAAGUAAACUAGGCCACGAUCUCUUCAGUUUCAAAAAAUAUUUCAAGUGCGAUAGAUUUAAAUCAUGAGUACUCAAUGACAAUGGACUUAAAAUUUAUAAUCAGUUUGUUACUAUCAAUUUCAGAGGCUUGCGCUUACAAAUAUAAAUAUAAAGAUAAAGAUAAUUCUUCUUGGUACUUAUCACCAAGUAUGCUCUGUCGCUCAUCAUUCUGUAGUCUUGCCGAGAGAUUAAAUUUUUACAAUUCUCCAGGUCUCAAAUCACGACUUGACUCAGACACGAGUUUGGCACGAAGUUAUUACGGCUACGGUACUCCGGCAUUUUAUUCAACAUUUGAUCCAAUAAGUGUACUUGCAUCAUUAGCAUUUCUUGCAUUUCUGCUCCAAUCAUUUGUGUCACUCUUUGAUAGAUCACGAUCAAUAAUACCAGCAAUCGUUACCAGUAGAUCUGUUUCGAGUGAUCUUCCUGAUCCAAUAAAACUUAUCAUGCAAGCUCUAGAUGAAUAUGAAAUAUUCAACGAUAAAGUGCCAGAUAAAAAGGAACGGGACAAAAACUACUGAUACUCUUAGUUUCUGAUACUUAUAAAUAAUAUAUUAAUUAUAAAAUAACAAUAAUAAUGUCAUUAUAUUUAUGUAUAUUAAUUUUAGUUUAUUUAAUUAAUUAGAAUUAGCUUGAGUUUUUUUUAAGUGCAAUAAAUUUUUAACUGAUUCACGAUA